AUGGCCGGCCAAUCCGGCAGGCGCUGGGGCGUGACUGAUCCCAUUUCACGCGCGCCCCCAACCGAUGCUGAGCUGGCGCUGGAUGCUUCUCUUCUGGACGAGUUGCGCAGCCAGAAUACCUUUGAAGCGCCUGAGGAGACGGAGAAGAGGGGAGCCGCUCUCCAGACGCUGCAGAAGGCCGUCGAGGAGUUUGUUCGUCACGUUGGCCAUGUAAAGGGCCUUGCGCCCUCCGUUAUCGAGAACGCUGGCGGCAAGAUCUGCACCUUUGGCAGCUACCGCCUGGGUGUCUACGGUCCCGGCUCCGAUAUCGAUACCCUCGUUCUCGCACCCAAGCACGUCACUCGCGAUGACUUCUUUGCGCAUUUCAUCAACGUGCUCGAACGCGUUGCGCCCCCCGGUGCCAUCGAGAAGUUCUCACCCGUGCCUGAUGCCUUCACCCCGAUCAUCAAGAUGGAUUUCCUGGGGAUCGACAUCGACUUGAUCUUCGCUCGUCUCGCCAUUGCCUCGGUGCCCUUGGACCUCGAUUUGAAGGACAACAGCUUGCUUCGUGGUUUGGAUGAGACGGAUCUGCGUAGUGUGAACGGCACUCGUGUCACGGAUGAGGUGCUCUCUUUGGUCCCUCAGCCUAAGAUCUUCAGGCAGGUUACCAGAGCUGUCAAGCUAUGGGCGCAGCGCCGCGCCAUUUACGCGAAUAUUGUUGGAUUUCCGGGCGGUAUCGCUUGGGCUAUGAUGGUUGCGCGUAUCUGCCAGCUAUAUCCCAUGGCUUGUGCUGCUGUUGUCUUGGGCCGCUUCUUCUACCUCAUGAGCACAUGGCCUUGGCCUCGUCCAAUCAUGCUGAAGGAAAUCGAGGAUGGUCCUCUGCAAGUCCGUGUGUGGAAUCCUCAGAUCUACCCCGGUGACAAGCGCCAUCUGAUGCCCAUCAUCACUCCCGCCUACCCGUCGAUGUGUGCCACCCACAACAUCACACACUCCACGCAAAAGAUUAUCAAGCGCGAGCUGCUGCGUGCAAGCCAGAUCACCAGCGACAUCCUUUCGGAGAAGCGACGCUGGCGGGAUCUGUUCGAUAAGCACAGCUUCUUCACCAGCGACUUCAAGUACUACCUCAGCAUCGUCGCAGCGAGCCAUGACAAGGAGGCGCAGGACAACUGGAGCAGCUCGGUCGAGUCCAAGGUUCGCAAGCUCGUCGGCUUGAUUGAGCAGUCUCCAGCGGAGGACGUUGAGCUGGCCCAACCGUUCAACAAAGGCUUCAAGCGCGUUCAUCAUUGCAAGACGGAAGAGGAGAAGGAAGAAGUUCUGCAGGGUAGUGUGAAGUAUUCGGUCAAGACGGAUAUGACGAACGAGGCAAACGGCAUACUUCAGGACAUUGGCGCCGGAGGGGCUGCAGACAAACUCGACUUGUCCAACGGCGACACUAACGGCAAGGAAACCAAUGGCGACACGCCCAUCGCUGUCUACACGACUACGUUCUACAUUGGCAUUGAACUGAAGCCAGGUGCCAAGUCGCUCGACAUCUCUUACGCGGUCUCGGAAUUCAAACGCCUGUGCCAGGAAUGGGCUAACUACGACCAAAACUUGCAUUCCGUGCGCAUCGUGCACACGAGGAGCUACGAUCUCCCAGAUGAUUGCUUUGAGGCGGGCGAGAUAAAGCCGGUCAAGACCAAGAAGGUUAAAGCGACAAAGAAGCGUUCUCACCGCGAAGCCGGAAUGGAGGAACCCGGUUCACAGAAUUCCGCAAAGCGCCGCCACUCGUCGAAUGGAGAGGCGGUGGCAGCUCCGGCCGGCUGA